CCUUCAUUUGAAAUCUAAAUCUUGACCCUUCAAUUAGAUCAAACCCCAAAUUUUCCCACCAACCUACCCUAUCUUCUUCACUACCCCCAGAUCUCAACCCCCAUUUAGACAAAUACUCAAACUACAGCUAAGUGGCAACCCCAUUAUAUUUUCUUGAAAUUCUAUUGGGUAUUUAGUAUACUAAGUAGUAUCAAGAGUCAUAAAAAUUGAAUCUUUACACUGUUUUAAGUUGUUGGAAGCAUUGUAAUGGUGGAGGCACAGUCAUGGACUACAAGAAGGGGAAGCAAUCCAAGAUUGGAGUCACCCCAAGAUCAAGUCUUGGAUAUGCCAGUAACCCCAACUGCUGAAAUCAGGCAGCAACAGUAUUCUAAUGGUGGGAUAACUUCUUUGGUGUCACCAAAUGUACUUACUGCUCUUAUAAUUGCUUCUUGGUACUGUUCAAAUAUUGGGGUGUUGUUGCUAAACAAGUAUCUUUUGAGUUUUUAUGGUUAUCGUUACCCAAUAUUCUUGACUAUGUUGCAUAUGUUGUCAUGUGCUACUUAUAGUUUAGUUGCUAUUAAGUGGCUGGAAGUUGUUCCUUUCCAGCAGAUACAUAGCAGGAAACAGUUCUUCAAGAUUCUUGCUUUGAGUGCUAUUUUUUGUUUUUCUGUUGUUUGUGGUAAUACUUCAUUGAGGUACCUUCCUGUAUCGUUUAAUCAAGCAAUUGGUGCUACUACCCCAUUUUUUACUGCUAUUUUUGCUUUUGUGAUUACUUGUAAGAAAGAAACUGCUGAGGUUUAUUUAGCUCUUGUCCCUGUGGUUCUUGGUAUUGUUUUGGCUAGCAAUAGUGAGCCAUUGUUCCAUUUGUUUGGGUUCUUGAUGGCUUUAGGUUCAACUGCUGGGAGAGCCUUGAAAUCUGUUGUUCAGGGGUUGUUGUUAUCCUCUGAUGCUGAGAAAUUGCACUCUAUGAAUCUGUUAUUAUACAUGGCUCCAAUGGCAGCAAUGAUUUUGCUUCCUUUUACACUAUACAUAGAGGGGAAUGUAGCUGCAGUUACAGUGGAGAAAGCUAAGGGAGAUGGAUUUAUGGUUUUCUUGUUGAUUGGUAAUGCCACAGUUGCUUAUUUGGUGAACUUGACUAAUUUCUUGGUUACUAAGCAUACAAGUGCCUUGACACUGCAAGUUUUGGGGAAUGCCAAGGCUGCAGUGGCUGCAGUGGUGUCAGUUUUGAUAUUCAGGAAUCCAGUGAACAUCAUGGGCAUAACAGGAUUUGCUGUGACUGUAAUGGGUGUGGUGCUUUACAGUGAGGCAAAGAAGAGAUCUAAAGUAACAGCACACUGAUGAUAGUUUGAAAGAUUCAAUCUUGAUGAUGCCACACAAAGGUACAAUUUUUUUUUUGUUUUUGGUCUAAUUAGUAUUCAUUCUGGAUGGGGUGGGGGAAGAUUAAGUGGUUGGAUUAUAUUCCACUGUAUAGGAACAAAGAUGGGGUAAAGUGGAAAAAGGUUUAUGUGCUAUGCUUUUUUUCCUCUAUAUAAUUGUUCUUGAUUGGGGUUGGUUUGAAGAGAAUAAAGUUGUCUCUUUUACUUUUCCCCUUUCUGUAAUUUUAUACUCCUUUGAUGCAACUACAACAAAGAAAGACUGAUUCUUUAGAUAUUGUUCUCUAUGUGUAAUAUUCUUGUGGGAGAAUUGUCCUCCCAA